AUGAUUCCUGGUCUCUGCUCAGCCUGCAAGGAAAAUCUGCGCAAUAUUUUUUGUCAGUUCACGUGCAGCCCAAACAAUAGCCUGUUUCUGGAUAUUAAUGAAGUUCGUAUUAUGGGAGGUGACGAUGAACACCCGGAUGCCAUCUUUCCUGCUGUGGAAGAAGCCACGUACUACGUGGGCAACGACUGGAUCCGCGACAUUUAUGACUUUUGUGAAGACGAUAGUUCCUUCUCGCUCCUGUGUAACCCAAACCAAAAUUGUACGGACGGCUACGGUCUUAUGGAGUACAUGGGCAAGUAUGCAUACAAUAGCAUUGGAUCUCCACUUCAAAUUAACGUGACGACAAUGGACAAGCUUCCGAAGAUGACGCAGAUGACUGAGUUCUGCCACUGUGACAACGCGAACGCAACCAAUUGCAUUCUACCUAUGAACAACAAAAUGACGUCAUGCGUAGGUGUCUGCGGCUCGCUUUGUGCUGUGGACCCCAAUGACGGUCGCACAUACUCGAAGUCUUGUUAUGGAGCUGUCAAUAACUUUGCAACAGGCAGUGGAAACGCUGAUUCCGGUGGCGACCCGACGUGGGCUGAGCUAAAUGCGUACUUGGCCACCAACAUCCCCGUGACGGACUGGACACCACUCAACUACUUUCUCGUGAUAUUUGGUGGAGUGGUUGCCUCCAUAAUAAUUAUGGGAUUCAUCGUCGCUGGCUUACGCGAGCGAAACUCUGAUAUUCCCAACCCACACACCGGUACGCCUCAAGUCGGACCGUACACGCCUGAGAUCCAUGGCGUGGCUCACGCGACGGAGAAUGGUGCCACACGGCUAAGCUACCUGGACGAGCUGAUGACAGAUAAGCUGCGUACCUGGGCUUUGUUCGUCUCAACAGGUAAUCGAGCGAUGAGAAUUAUUCCAAUGGUGCUUUGCGUUGUUGCUGUCUGCGUCGCCGGUCUGCAUAACAUUGAGAUUGAAACUGACCCGAUUAAGCUAUGGGUGUCUACGACGAGCACCUCCUAUCAGCAGCGUAAGCAUUACGGUGAAAUUUUCAACCCCUUCUACCGCUCGGAGCAGGUUAUUUUAGUUCCCAAGGACGGUGGCAACAUCUACCGCUCUUCGAUUAUAAAAGAGGCUAUCCGGGUUCAGAAUGUGGCAGCUAAUGUGAUUUACACGUCGGACGAUGGCAACAUCACAAUUGCGCUGGAUGACAUUUGCUGGAAAGCUACAGGCACGGGUUGCACUAUUAACUCGAUUACACAAUACUUUCAGAACAACAUGGAGCAUUUCGAAUUCUACGAGAAGUAUGGCUUGGAGAUGAACCAUUUUAGUAACUGUUUGUACUCUCCGACAACAUCAGACGUGGCGCUUUGCACCGAGCUGAAGAACGCGUUGGAAGAGGGUGAUACGCUUCCUGCGACUAUGAGCGACUGCCCGUGUUUGUCAACUUUUGGCUCCCCGAUGAAUUUAUACAACACAUACCUAGGUGGUUUUCCUGAUGGCGCCGAAAGCAACUACACACUGUUUUUGGAGUCAACGGCCUUUGUUUCUUCGUACCUGAAUUAUAACUAUGCUGACCAAGACAAGAAUAAUCCUGCAAUCAAGUGGGAACGUGAGUACAUUAAGACGAUGAAAGUCGAGGCCGAAGCCAACACAGUAUUUGACGUCUACUUUUACGCUGAAAUCUCGGUUCAGGAUGAAGUGGAUGCGGAAUCAAGCAAUGGCAUGGAUUCUGUGGCGUUAAGUUACUGCCUGAUGAUCAUCUACAUUUCACUGGGUAUCAACCGGAUCAAGUCCGGCCGUGAGUUCUUUGUCUCCUCAAAGAUUGUGGCUGGGUUCUGUGGUGUGAUGUGUAUCGUGUGCGGAGUGGCGUCGACAAUCGGCAUCUUCAUGUGGUUUGGAGCCAAGCUUCAAUUGAUUGUAAUGGAAGUGGUUCCUUUUCUGUCGCUGGCAAUUGGUGUGGAUAACAUUUUCUUGCUAAUUCACGCCAUGAGCGAGAGGGAAGACCGAAUGCGUCGUGAGCAGCCGAGUCUCUUUGUAGGUCUCGAGCACAACCCGAAGGCAAUUGAGGAGAUCACCGCAACUAUAGUGUCCGAGAGUUUGGCAUACAUUGGGCCCAGUAUCUUUAUGGCUUCUGCGGCCGAAUCGGUGGCCUUUGCUUUCGGUUCUAUCUCUGAAAUGCCCGUCGUAUUAUGGUUCGCAGCCAUGGCAUGUUGUGCUGUGGCAAUUAAUUUCUGCCUCCAAAUGACCUUGUUCUUGUCGAUUUUAACACUUGACAAGCGCCGCGAGCUAAGCGGAAAAUACGACAUCAUUUUUAGGCGUGCAUCGUACGUGAGGUCGCAAGUACCUGCUGCUGGUACACAGAGUCAGCAUACGUCAGAGCCGCUUGUAUAUUUGGAAUCCAAGACGCCUGGAUCGGAAGAUACGCACCGUUCUGUGUCUCCGCAAUAUUGUACGGUAACUCUGGACCAUUGCGUUGACGUUUACGCGUCGAUAUUGACCUGCAAACUCGUGAAGCUGAUUGUACUGCUGGCUUUCCUUGGAUGGAUGCUCUGGUCAGUUUACUCAAUGGAAUCGCUGGAUCAGGGUCUGCCUCAGAAGGAGGCGAUGCCGUCUGACUCGUAUAUGAUUAACUACUUUAAUGCACUGGAUGUUUAUCUGGCAACUGGCGUGCCAGUGUACUUCAUCGUCGAAGCAGGCUAUGGCCGUAACCCGGAUACCUGGUUGCUGAAUGAUGAAAAUGUGGAAACGAUUUUCUGCAAGUCGAAGGACAUCUGCAGCACCUACUCGAUUCCCAACAUCAUGGAUGCGCUGGCUAACCAUGGUGACAAGAGUGUUACCCACAUUAGUCCUGGAACGACAUACUCCUGGAUGGACGACUUUUGGGGCUUCAUAAACCCCGACAGCGAAUGUUGCCGUGUGGACUCUGAAGGCGCUUACGUUCCAAUUGAGACUGGUAAUGAUACGUACACAAUGCUGCGUUCGGAAGAUGACACUUGUCUGGGUACAUCUGUGACCGUCCCUCCCGUACCAGAGGCUCAGUACAUGUCGCUCUUCAGCAUGUUCGCAACAGCUAGUGCUGGUACAUCGUGCUCUUAUGGUGGUGGUUCCAUUUACCGUGGUCAAUUCAGCAUUGACAACGAGCCGAUUCCGACUGUGAACUCCUCAACACCAGCAGUUAAGCUCAAUAGCAAUGGCUACGGCAACGAGAUCACGGCUUGGUCGUACAUGGUGACGGGUACGUCAAACCCUACACAGCAGCACUAUAUUGACUCGUACAAGCAAUUUCGUGCAGCGGCUAAUUGGAUUAGCGAGAAGACUGGCAUUGAUGUUUGGGUGUACUCGCUGACGUACGUUUACUUUGAGCAGUAUCUGACUGUGGUCGAUGAUGCCUACAGGCUGAUCGGUCUUGCACUGGCAGCGAUCUUUGUGAUUACGACACUUUAUCUAGGCAACGUGUUCUACUCGUUCGUGAUUUCACUGAUGGCAACAAACCUCGUGGUGCUCGUGUUGGGUCUGAUGCAGCCGCUGGACAUUAUGCUAAAUGGUCUGUCAGUUGUUAACCUGAUUAUCGCAGCUGGUAUUGCUGUAGAGUUUUGCGGUCAUUACGUUCGGUUCUUUGCCAAGGCGCGCGGCACAGGCGACGAGCGUGCCCGUGUUGCACUUCGUCAGGUCUUCACGUCAGUUAUUUUUGGUAUCACUCUUACAAAGAUCAUUGGUCUUAGUGUGUUGACUCUUGCAGACUCGCGCGUGUUCAAGAAAUACUACUUCCGAAUGUACAUGUUGGUCGUACUUUGUGGUGUCUUAAAUGGUAUGCUUUUGCUUCCAGUGCUUCUCAGUACCGUUAUUGACGUGAAGGACUUUUUCCUGCGCCGAGGCUCGCAAAAGACUGAUUUAUGGUUGGCACCUGUUACCCGCGUUGAAUAA